GAAACAAAAUUUGUUUGCUGUUCUGUUUCUCGUGAGUCGUGGCUACCCUGAAAGGCUGAAACGACGAGAGAAGAAAUGGUUUAAGGGUUUUGGCAACCCUGAAAAGAGAGAAGAAAUGGUUUAGGUUUUUCUUGGUCUUCUUUAAUUCCAAAUACCUGCAAAUAAGUAUAUCAGUCUCAAAUGUUCCUUUGAACACGAAGACAACAGCUGAUCGCUGAUGCCAUCAUUUCCAAUGGUGUGGAGGCGCUUCCUUUGCACCCAGACAUCUAACUUCUCUUUCUUCAACCAAAAACCCGCCGCCGUCCGCCGUCCUCAAUGGCCUAUAAAACAGGUCACCAAGUCUAAUUUCGUAGAUUCACUCGACGAAAUUAAGAACCACAUAUCUGAAUCAGAUUUUGUGGCGGUUUCGUUGAAGAACACUGGUUCUUACUCGUCCCCAUGGCAUCGAAUUCUGCCCUUCGACACCGCUGAAACCGCAUACCUGAAGGCCAAGUAUGCCGCCGAGAGGUUUCAGAUUCUUCAGUUUGCUGUUUGCCCCUUUUCUAUUAGGGCUUCCAAUAAGCUUACAGCUCACCCGUUCAACUUCCAUUUGUUCCCGAGGGAUGAACUGAAAACAGGGAUGCCCUGUUACAGUUUUUCAUGUCAACCAUCGUAUUUAGCUUCAAUGGCUCGAGAUGAUUUUGACUUCAAUCUCUGCAUAAAUGAUGGUAUAUCUUACUUGUCCAGAGCACAAGAAUCAGCAGCAAAAAUUCAAAUCGAGAAUCCAGUUUCAAAUGAUUACGUGACCCAGUCUCCUUCAUCUCGUUCAGUUGCAGAUAAUGUAUUUGUUGAAAGGAUUAAAUCUAAAGUUGGACACUGGAUAAGUGCUUGUACACGCUCAGAUACAAGAACUGAUGAUGCUUUAGUUAAUUCUCUCAGGAAACUUAUCUUAGGAGGUGAAGAUUAUGGAUCAAGACCUUCUUUGAAUAUAGAUGUUUGCAGUGAACGUCAAGUGCAACUUGUAUUUGAGAUGGUGAAAUCCCAGUAUGAAAAUGUUGUGCCAUUAACAAUUCCUGCAAAAGGAGGAGGAACCCAAUCUGUUCGAGUUGUUUUAACAAGUUCAAAAGAAGAUAGAGAUCUUUUUAAGACAGAGCUUCAAGAUAUAGAAGAGGAACAAAGCAAGCGAAUUCGUGGCUUUCGGGAGGUGAUCGAUUUGAUUUCUGCUUCUCGGAAACCCGUCAUUGCUCACAACUCCCUUAAUGAUUUUGCAUUUAUUUAUUCCAAAUUCUUGUCUCCACUCCCAUCCACAAUGGAUGAAUUUAGAAGCUCAUUGCACUCGGCUUUCCCUGAUGUACUUGACAUCAAUCAUCUAAUGAAGGAAGUGGGCCCUCUAAGUAAAUACAACAAUUUACCUUCAGCUAUUUCCUACUUGAAAAGAAACUUUUUUGCACCUAUAGAAAUCGAAAUACCUCAAAAAGCUAGCAUAGAGGAAAACAAGAACCAUGGUCAUGAUGCUGUGAGAAUAAGCGAAUUAUUUGCUAAACUAUGCUCUAUCCUAAAAAUCACCCACGAUAACGGGCCUUCAUCACUUAAACGCCACUUAAAUGUGUUCAACCAGGGCUCUAAUGGCUUCCUAGAUGAGGGUGAUGACAUCAGUAUAUGGACUCAUAAUCCCAAAAAAAUCAGCAUCGACAAUCUAGUAUUUAUAUGGGGUUUCAGAGGCGGCAUAUCCGCCGGAAAGUUAAAGAACUUGCUUUGUAAUUCCCACGAAAGGUUAUCGGAAGAUGAUCUUUUUGAUGUCCGAUUAGUGGACAAGAAUUGUGCGGUUGUUGUGUUUUGGAAAAGUGGACUGUCAGAGUGGUUUCUUGCCGCCAUUGAUUCCGGUGAGGAGCUCCGGGAACUGGCGGCGGAAGGGUUCAUGGGGGCAGGCUAUGAAGCUUAUAGAAGGGUCUGUAAAUUUGAGGUUUUAGGGGCAGAUUUGGCGGAUUCGUUAGCGGAGUGUAGGGUAUUGGAGGGUGGUGAGGUGGAGUCUGAUGAGGUGUAUUGGAACAGUGAGCUGAUGAUUAAUUUUGAUGAUCUUUGAUUCUUUUGACUUUUGAAGUCAAACAAAAGCCAAUUUUGAUGAUGUAUUUGACACUGGUAACUUUAUAAUUAUUGUAGUUGUAAAGAUGAUUUAUUGAUAACCUUUGAGAUAA